CUCCAUGCUUCCCAUGAUCGCCAUGUUGGGCCCGCAGCUGUCCAUUUGUAAAUAUACGUUUGCAGCAGUGAAUUGUAUACUGAUUGCGGUUAAUUUGUAAGUUACGGGCCCAACAUGAUGAUCAGCCAAUCAGCAAGCGAGACGCUAUUAUCGCUUCUCUGAUUAUUUAGGACUCUAUAGCACAGUUAAUCGCAGCUAUAAUUAUAUGUAACAAAACUUAAUUCGAUGUCUUUCGAUGUGUUAAAGCAAACGUUCGAAAAAUAAAAAUAUUCAAUAUAUUUUUAUUAAAAAUCUAAAAAAAAUGAAUUAAUUAAACAUAUACUUCUCAUUUAUUUAUUGCGCUCGAUAAAAACAUUAACCUAAAACGAUAAAAACGUAUAUUGUUUAUGUUGAACGCAUAACCAUGUUGAAUCCAGAUAAAAAAUCCAACGAACGAUAUCGACAAUUGGAAGAAUUGCAAGGCGCUGAAUUAAACAUUUGCGCUCAGAGUACGUCGAGUUGUCAUACAAGUUUUGAAAAUGAUACUGAACGAUCGAUGGAACUUUCUUCUGUUGUCGUUAUACCAGAUGAUACAUUUACUGUGGUACAAGCUAUCAAUAUCUUAGGCUUUGGAAAAUUUCAAGUAAAAUUGUCUUUAUUUACGGGUCUUUGUUGGAUGGUAGAUAGUAUGGAGAUUACAAUACUGAGUAUCCUAAGUCCAUCCUUACAUUGUGACUGGGGCAUUUCUAGAUAUCAGCAAGCAUUGACCACAACAGUGGUCUUUCUUGGCAUGAUGCUAAGUUCUACUUUCUGGAAUAAUUUGAGUGAUAGAUAUGGUCGUAAACAAGCUUUAACUUUGUGCGCAGUGCUAUUAUCUUACUAUGCAUUUCUAAGUUCAUUUGCACCAAAUUUUCUCUGGAUCCUAUUGCUUAGAGGAGUUGUAGGAUUUGCUAUUGGUUGUGUACCACAAUCGGUGACAUUAUAUGCAGAGUUUUUGCCAGCAAAACAAAGAGAAAGAUGUGUUAUUCUACUGGAUUGUUUUUGGGCUCUUGGGGCUUGUUUUGAAGUGGCAAUUGCAUUGAUCGUUAUGCCCAACCUUGGUUGGAGAUGGCUUCUUAUAUUAUCAUCAAUUCCACUAUUUAUAUUUGCUGUAAUAUCGCCGUGGCUACCAGAAUCUACAAUAUUUGAUAUGACAACUGGGAAAACAGAUCGUGCAAUUUCGACAUUGGAACGCGUAGCUAAAGAAAAUAAAAAAUCAUUGCCUGUAGGAAGAUUAGUUAUGGAUCGAUUUUAUCAAGCUCAUCAUGGUCGAUUAAAGGAUGUUCUAAGUAAAGAAAUGUGCAAAACAUCUGCUUUACUUUGGCUUGUAUGGAUGAUUACAGCAUUUUGUUAUUAUGGAGUGGUGUUAAUGACUACUGAACUUUUUCAUACAUCUUCAGAGCAGUGUGGCACACAGGACACUAACAAAGAUGAAAAUAUGUGCCAACUUGAUUGUCGAUUACAGCGUGGCGACUAUAUUGAUCUGCUUUGGACAACACUAGCAGAGUUUCCCGGCAUUUUCUCUACCGUCUUUGCAAUCGAGAAAAUAGGCAGGCGGAAAACAAUGGCUUGUCAAUUAGUAAUGUUUGCUAUGGUGAUUUGCUUCUUGAGUAGGACCUGCUUGUUAAACAGAGCGGCGUUGACUAUCGCCAUUUUUCUAGCCAGAGGUUUAAUCGCCGGUGUAUUUCAAGCCGCAUACGUGUACACACCAGAAGUGUAUCCCACGCAUUUACGAAGCAUAGGUGUAAGCGCAUGCAGUGCCAUGGCGCGAAUCGGUGCUAUGGUCACUCCUUACAUAGCGCAAGUAUUUCUACAAUGGUCCAUCACGGGAGCUAUGGCCAUUUAUGCAACGACAGCAUUGUGCGCUGCAAUUGCUACACUUGCGCUUCCUGUAGAAACAAAAAAUCAACAAUCAAAUGAAGCAUGUCAAGAAAACAAAUAGAUAAUUUUUAUAAUACUUUAUAAUGUUUUAGUAAAUUGACCGAAAUUUAUUUUAUUGCACAUGUUAUUUAGGAUAUUUAUUUUUUUUAUUACACAUUACAAUAUGUAACAGUUACAUAUACAAUUAACUUUUGACUAAGAAUUCACAUACACAUACAUAUAUAUUUCAAUUGUAUUCAUAUAUACAAAUUAUUAUAUUCACAUUUAUUAUUUAAUUUAUACAAUUUUAUAUACAAUUGUUAAUAUGUUCACAUUUAUUAUUUAAUUAAACGAACAUAUUUUUAUCAUAAGUUAUAAAAUUGAUCUAAAUUAUAUAUUUGAUCUAUUUAUUAUAGUAUGUAUAAUGUUAACAAAAGAGAUUUUUAGUUGCAAAGAUUAUGGUUCUUCUUAUAUCUAAAUGGCUGGUUAGGUUUUGUCUUAAAUUUGUUUGGCGUAUACACCAGUAAGAUUUGUGAUUAGAAUGUUAAUCACAGAUUACAAAAUAUAUAAAGACUGAUAUUUGUAAUUUUCAAAAAAAGUGCCAAAAGUAUUGGUCAUAAAGUAUUAUAAUCGCGUAUUAUUGCUCUCUUCAUUUUCUCAUCUAUGCAUAUAAUCUUAUUUUCAAGGUAAAGAUUAUAGAAGAAAUAGAAAAAGAUAAUAUUUUUUCGAAUGUUUAAAAGGGGAGACUUGUAUAUCUUUUGUGUAUGAAAAUUUAAUACCAAUUUUCAUUACUUAUAUGACGAAUACAAUA